CCAUAGUUUGAUUUUUGGAUCUAUGGCAUCAUGGAGGUAUGAAACCGAGCUUUAUGGUAGUGGAGGAGGAAAUCAAAUCAGAUCUUCUGCUCUCACUAAUGAAGGUUUUGUGGACAAGUUACUGGGAGAUAUUUUUAAGUUCAUGCAGAUAAGGAAGGGAUUUCACGCACGGCUAUAUAUAGGGUGUAAGGUUUUAAGUCCUCAUGGUUAG